CCCUCCAGCUACUGCAGAGCGACCUCCGAGUCCAGCGGCCGGCUAACCCACAGCUUCCCGUUCUCGCUAGCUAGCCAGCCAGUCAGCCCGAGCGAGCCACCGGUGGACGCAGACGAGACGCUAGCUACCUUCGUCCUCAAGCUUAUUAGCCUCCGAUCCUGCUGCCUGCUGCGAAAAGUGUUGCUUUGCUUGUCCCGGCCGGCGGCGGCGACGUACGACGACGAGAGAUAGCUGAGCGAGCGAGGAUGUCGAGCCGGAGGUCGUCGCGUGGCAACAUCUCCGAGGACGAGAUCAACGAGCUCAUCUCCAAGCUCCAGGCCCUGCUCCCCAGCUCCCGCCGCCGCGGCUCCGGCCAGGCGUCGACGACGAAGCUGCUCAAGGAGACCUGCAGCUACAUCAAGAGCCUCCACCGGGAGGUGGACGACCUGAGCGACCGGCUCUCGGACCUCAUGUCCACCAUGGACAGCAACAGCCCGGGCGCGGAGAUCAUCCGCAGCAUCCUCCGCUCCUGAUCGCGCCUUCGUGCCGCGCGCGGCGGCGGCCUGCUCGCCGGCCGGCCGCGAGAGGAGGUCAACGGCGACUACUACGACGGCCGCGGCCAUUCUCCGGCCGGCCACGUGCGGGCUCAAUUAGCUAGCUAGGGUAUAUAUAAAUAUAUAUAUCUACAAAUAUGUGUAUCUUUCUCUUCUCCCUUUUACUACCUGUCGAUCGAUCUCCAUAGAUCUGAGAUCAUCUGGCUAGCUAGCCCCAUACCAGAAUGUACUAGCUGCACGCACGCGCAUGAUGAUCUCCCUGCUAAGCUUCACCGGGUAGGACGCUAGCGCUAGGGCCUAAGCAAGCUAAGCUUUAUCCACCCUCGCUCCUCACUUAAGCUCGCCGACCUCCAUGUGAUCUCUCUGUCUGUCCUCCGCGCUAGCUCUUCUUUUGAUGCCCUGUUUGUAUUGUUGUCCCUGUAAAUUUAGUCGGUGGCUUGGAUCGAGUUGGCUAGCUCUCUUCAGACAACCGACCGACCACUACUACCUAGAGCAAAUUGAUUAUCAUCA